GCGAAAUCUCAUUAGAUUGCAUACACAAUGAAGUUGCUGCUCGGUUUCUACUACUAUUUCACGGAUUCCAUGAUUGUUGCUGCGCGGUGAGCCGUCUGAGUUAUGGUCACUUCAAAAAUUUCGAUAACAUGGCAUCGUUAGAAGACGAAUCGUUUAGUGAAUUGAAAUCGCAUCUUGUAGAUGCUAUGCAAAAACCAGAAUGGAUUCCCUUGUCUCUUACUUUAGUCGAAUAUCCCCAAGGUGAUCUGCUCGGAAAGUUCUUAGCUCUAAUAAGUUUAAUACCAUUUGCUAUUGUAACUGGUUUUAUAACAUUAAUACUCUUUAGAAGAGAUCUACAUACAAUUGCAUUUUUUAGCGGUGUUAUAAUUAAUGAGUGUAUAAAUUUUAUAUUGAAACAUACAAUUUGUGAAACAAGACCAAUGGAACGUAAUGUUUAUGUUGAAUAUGGUAUGCCAUCAAUGCAUGCACAAUUUAUGUGGUUUUUUGCUGCAUAUAUCAUACUUUUUAUAUGCAUCAGGUUACACCAUAACAAUAAUAGUAGUGUAUCGGAAAGAUUUUGGAGACUCAUUGUUAUAGCUGCUUGUAUAAUUAUUGCAGUUUUAGUGACGUACAGUAGAGUUUAUUUAUUAUAUCAUACUAAUUCUCAAGUCCUAUGUGGUGCGAUCAUAGGAAUUAUCUUGGGAACGGUAUGGUUUAUAAUAACACACGUAGUACUUACACCAAUUUUUCCUAUAAUAGUUUCACGGCGGAUAUCAGAGUACCUACUAUUACGUGAUACAACAUUAAUUCCUAAUAUUCUAUGGUUCGAAUAUAGAAAUAUUCGUACAGAAGCACGAGCACGCUCACGAAAACUUGUAUCAAUGAAGUUGCAAUGACGUCUAAUGUCUGGCCAAUGGGCUGACAACAAAUAGGAAAUAAAUGACUGAAUAGUAAAUGUUAAAAGAAAAGUGAUAUCAUUCCUUCGGUCGGCCGAAACUAAAAAAUUCAAAAUUCGUUUGGCUCAAAGAAAUGUCUUCAACCCUUUGCACUCGGAGACUUUUCUUCGACCACCUACCACUAAUUCAAACACACUUUCUUAAGAUUUAGAUAGUAAAAACUCCAAGGAAACAUAUCUUCUUUUUUUUUUUAAUUUUCCGCUUACCUAUUUUGUCCUGUAUAAUCACUUUAAAGCAAUAAUCUCUUUGUGUUCCUUUAGAAGGUACAUCCAAAUUGUUUGCUAGAUUUAAGAUAUCCUCUCAGAGGGGACAGCCGAGCGCAAAGGGUAAUUACUGGCGCCGAAGUUUGUUUAAAGAAACAUUUAAAUGUAUAAGGUAUUAGUACAAAUUUUGUAUACAAAUUUUCACGUUUAUACUACUAUACGUAUACGUUUUGAUGAUUAAGUUUUUAUAAUUUUGCAUAAAUUAUUUCUCAAAUAACAUUAUUAUCUUCAUUAACCAUCACGGUUAGAUACAUAUUCAUAAC